UCAGAACAGGGUUUCCAGGGUCUCCAAGGUCUUCAGGGUCUCCAGGGUCUCCAGGGUCUCCAGGGUCUCCAGGUCCAGACCGUGACCCCCCAGCUGGUUCUGAACUCUCAGGGUCAGAUCAUCGCCACGCUGGGAAACGGAUGUGCUGUGACGUCGGCUGCAGUUCUGCCCAAAGUCGCUGCUACUCCAACAUUCACCAAACCCAUCUCACAGGCUUCAGUAACGACCGUCAGUCAGUCCCCGAUCGUCAUCGCCCCGCAGCCGUCCCUCAUGAAGCCCCCGCUGCCCCCCGCGGUGAACAUCAGCUGUGGAGACAUGGCUAAAGUGGGCCAGCUCAUCGGCAAGCCGCAACAGGUCAUCAGCGGCGAGGAGGGGAUAAAUCUGGACGAGAUCCGAGAGUUCGCCAAAAACUUCAAGAUCCGCCGGCUGUCUCUCGGUCUCACGCAGACGCAAGUAGGCCAGGCGCUCACCGCCACCGAGGGCCCGGCGUACAGCCAGUCCGCCAUCUGCAGGUUUGAAAAGCUGGACAUCACCCCUAAGAGCGCCCAGAAGCUGAAGCCGGUUCUGGAGAAGUGGCUGGCCGAGGCGGAGCACUGGAACCAGAAGGGACAGCAGAACCUCAUGGAGUUCGUCGGCGGAGAACCGUCCAAAAAACGAAAGCGACGCACGAGCUUCACGCCGCAGGCCAUCGAAGUCCUGAACUCAUACUUUGACAAGAACGCGCUGCCGACGGGACAAGAGAUCACGGAAAUGGCUCGAGAGCUGAACUACGAUCGAGAGGUGGUGAGAGUUUGGUUCUGCAACAGGAGACAAACGCUGAAGAACACGAGCAAAAUCAACGUCUUCCAGGUCCAGUAGCAACGUCCUUCUGGAGAUAUUUCACACAGAAACGCAGGGAAGGACUGUGAGGAGAAUACAAGCCAAGUGGAAACAUAUGAACUUUGGUAACACUUUAUUUUAAGGUACACAUAUUCGCCAUCAUCUAGUUCAGGGGUGCCCAACCUUUUUUGAACCAAGAGCUACUUUUAAAGUUGCCAGUCUGCCGAGAUCUACUCGCUUCUU